ACAUCAGCCACAUUACACGUGAUACCUGGUAGGAAUGACUCCACAGAUGUUGAAGAUGCCGUUUGGCUAUUCAAGGUUAUUCAAGGUGGGGGUCAGAGCGGGGUAGCUUUGGGAGCUUAGCUCCCUGGUGUGUAGUCAUCACGACAAGCUUCAAACACUCAUACAUCGUGUCUUUUUUCCCUUCUUUUUUCCUUGGAGUUUACUUGAUCUUCGAUCGCGCACUGAUCUACGCGUCAUUUCCAUUCUCACAAUGCCACAAACGCUCAAGAUCGCGUCCGCGCAAGCACGCACCCUCUCCACAACCGCCGAGACCCUCGUCGCCCUCGAAGCCACCACAAAGCGGGCCGCCUCCCAAGGCAUCGAUGUCCUCCUGUUUCCCGAAGCAUACUUGGGCGGAUAUCCUCGUACUUGCUCUUUUGGCGCUGCGGUUGGUGCUCGCGCACCCGAAGGUCGCGAGCAGUUCCUUCACUAUUUCCACGAUGCUGUCGAUAUGGGCGACACACCGAGCGGCGCUGGGCAAGAUUGGCUAGACCGGAAGCUCGAACUGCCAAAAGGGAAGGAAUACAGGGGUGACGGGACAAGAGAGGAGUUAGAAAGGAUAGCGAAAGAGACCGGUGUCUUUGUUGUCACUGGAAUAGUGGAAAAGUCGGGUGGCACACUUUACUGUGGGGUUGUGUUUGUAGACCCAAAGAUGGGGAUAUUGGGGAAGAGAAGGAAGGUCAUGCCCACCGGUAGCGAGCGGCUGAUCUGGGGCUUUGGAAGUGCGAGUACGCUGAGGGCAGUGACAACAGAGAUCAAAGGUGUCAAGCUGUGCAUGGGAUCAGCGAUAUGUUGGGAGAACUACAUGCCGCUGCUGAGACAAAGCUUGUAUAGCCAAAACGUGAAUCUGUGGUUUGCACCGACAGCGGAUGCGCGCGACGCCUGGGCGUCGCUGAUGCGGACCGUAGGCUGCGAAGGCCGAUGCUUCGUCGUAAGUGCAAACCAAUGCGUCAAGAAGAAACAUCUCCCGGAGUGGAUUUCAGGCCAGGCGCAGUCGCAGAGCAAUGGGGACGGAACUGGAGUUGGCAGGAGGAUAUCACAACAGGGCAGUGGGGCCGCUGGUAGACGGCGAAGUACCAUCACAAAGACACAAGAGGGCCACGAGAUUUAUCUGCCAAUCCCGGAAGGCCAAGCGUCAGCCACGAACGGUGACUCUUCAGCGAUCGACUCUUCAUCGGUUACAGAUGAUCCACUUAGUCCCAAGCAGCAGCCCUUUGCGCAACCCCAAGCAUCGUCCACAGACGGAGAAGAGUUUGUUUCUCGCGGCGGCUCUAUGAUUGUAUCACCGCUAGGCGACGUGCUUGCUGGACCGUUGUGGGAGGAAGAAGAUGAGCUGCUCGUUGCAGAAGUCGACUUCGAAGAUUGUGAGCGUGGCAGACUCGACAUGGACGUUGCAGGAAGCUACUCGCGCAUGGACAGCUUCAAGCUUAGCGUCGAGGGUCUUGAUUUGAACCCGCCUCCGAUGUAGGCAUUGUGAAACUCGACAAUGAAUCUUUCGCAGAGCUGGACUAUUGGUUUAUGUUUGCAUCGUCGCUUUCCAGUACCUGCGAGGAUUUAACCA